AUGUUAGGUCAAGAUCAUAAUAUGAGAAUGAGAUCUCUCGAUCCGUCUCCUCAAGUUUAUUCCCACUCGAGAUCAAGAACGUCUUCCUCCAGCGUAUUCCCGCAAGCCUUCAUUCCAAUGCAGCAUCUGCAACAACCGCAGCCCUCUAUGGGCCAUACACGGCGAUCCCCCUCCGUCAAUACAUUCAGCACCACCUCCAGCAACACCCCACCUGCCGCCUACCGAACGUCGCCUACUGCCGAUAUUCGACGUAGCACAUCCUCGAGAUCAGGCGGCGGUUCUUCGACCAGCUAUGUCGCCCUGCUUCGAAAGCAAAAAGCCACCGUAUGGUGCGAUCGGUCACAGUCAGAAGACCCGCGACUCCAGGCUCAACAGCGUUUGGCGAAACAAAGGGCCAAUCAAGAAGUCGCUGGCGGUGCAAUACAAAGCCGCACUUCGACCGGGAUAGGAAGCACUGGCGGCAAGGUUGCCGCUAAGAUCCGCCAUCACGGUAAGCCUGGCGUGGUAGGGUACACACCUGACAGUAAUUACAUGGGAGUCAGCGGAGUACCGAUGCGAUUGAGCGCUACCGAGGUCGAGGGCGAAGACGGCGACGAAGAUGACUUGUCGAUGCGCCGCGUGCAUCACCGUAGGACGGGUAGCAGCGGGCGUAGUAGUACCGCCAGCAGCAGACGAGGCCUCGCGUAUCGUACUUCCGGUGCUUCUCAGAACAGCAAGAGAUGGAGUCCUGGUGAUACGCCGGAACGCGCGGGCAGCAUGGUUAUCGAGGACCCCGAAUAUAUGCCUGGGGACGACAAAUUAGAGCGACCGCAGAGCACUCGAAGUGGGAGUAGCGCAGAGAAAGCCGAUGCUCUACCCGAACUCGGUAGCGUCAGCGCCGCUAAGCUUGCGAGUAAUAGUCUGAUGAACGCCGCACUUACGAGAGAGAAGAGCGUCAAGAAUCCAGAGGACCUUCGACGCCGGGGUAGUGUGGACGAGCGUACGAUGACCCUUACAAGUGGGCGAUUAUUUAUUGCCAACCCCGAUUAA